AUGAUUUCAUAUGCGGCGGCACCAAUGGACCACCAUUUCCACAAUGAAGAUCUUCCAUCGCUGUUGUUUCGUAUAAUUCCCGUCGUUUUAUACAGUGGAUCUAACAAGGUAGCUACGUACGCGUUUCUUGACGAGGGGUCCAAUAUCUCGAUGAUCGAACGACAGUUAGCAUCAACGCUUGGAGUAACUGGCUACCGGCAUCCGUUGUGUCUUAAAUGGACUGGCAACGUGACGAGGGAAGAAAGUGAAUCACAUCGGAUAAUAGUAGAGAUUUCUGGCACUGAUCAACGAGCACCGAAGUACAUUAUGUCCGAUGUAAGAACCGUGGAUUCACUUGACUUGCCCAAGCAAAGUUUGUCAGUCAAGAAGCUAGCUGGAAGAUUUAAACAUCUGCGUGGUCUAUCUAUUCAGGAAUACCACGACGUUACACCCCAGUUGUUGAUUGGGGUUGACAAUCUGAAGCUGGCUGUGCCACUCAAGGUGAAAGAAGGCAGUGAAGGCGGUCCGAUAGCCGUGAAAACAAGGCUUGGGUGGUGCGUGUACGGAGGUCACCAGGAUGCCCGACAACUGUCCGUCAGCUACCAUGUCUGCGAGUGCUCCGAAGAGGAGUCCAUGGACGGAACCCUGAAGGCAUAUUUUUCAUUGGAAGAAGUGGGAAUUCAACCAGCUGGCGUCGGAAUAACCGCGGAUGAUGAGCGUGCUUUACGGAUCCUUGAGCAAACAACUAAAUGGGUCGAUCAACGCUAUGAAUCAGGUCUGUUGUGGAAAUACGACGAUUUUGAGUUUCCUGACAGCUAUCCUAUGGCUUUGAAACGGCUCCAAUGUCUGGAGCGCAGGUUGGCCAAAGAUCCAACGCUCAACGAGAAUGUUCAGAAGCAGAUCUACGAGUAUGAGCAAAAGGGAUAUGCACACCGUGCGUCGCCUGCGGAAUUGAAUAGUGGGGAUCUUCGUCGAGUGUGGUAUUUGCCGCUGGGAGCCGUGAUCAACCCGAGAAAGCCAGAAAAGGUACGGCUCAUCUGGGACGCCUCAGCGAAAGUGGACGGUGUCUCUUUGAACAGCAUGCUAUUGAAAGGGCCGGACCAGAUGACACAACUCCCUGCGGUUCUCUUUCGCUUCCGGCAACAACCAGUCGCCGUGAGCGCUGACAUAAAAGAGAUGUUCCAUCAGGUACGCAUUCGGCCAGAAGAUCGACACUCGCAGCGGUUUGUGUACCGAACUGACCCUACAUCGCCCCCGGAAACGUAUCUGAUGAAUGUGGCUACCUUUGGGUCAACUUGCUCCCCUGCCACGGCGCAAUUUGUAAAAAAUACGAAUGCCAACCAGUUCGUCCAUGAAUAUCCUAGAGCGGUACAAGGAAUCAUCCACAAUCACUAUGUAGAUGAUUACCUUGACAGCUUUGCCACAGUAGAAGAAGCAGCGCAAAUUGCGUCACAAGUCAAAGCAAUCCAUAAACACGGUGGAUUUGAAAUUAGGAAUUGGUGCAGUAACCAUCGGGUCGUCCUAGAUCAAAUUGGAGAAAAUAAGGAACAAACAAUCAUCGAUCUGAAUUCCGGCAAAGACAAACAGUCAGAACGGGUUCUCGGCAUUCUUUGGGACACUGAAGCGGAUGAAUUUCGAUUCAGCACGUCAUUGCCGAAAGAUAUUACCCAUCUACGAGCGAAUGAUACCAAGCCAACGAAGCGUCAACUGGCGCGAUGUGCUAUGUCGUUUUUUGACCCUCAAGGAUUUUUGGCACCAUACUUGGUAUUAGGAAAAGUACUGUUGCAGGACACUUGGCGCGAAGGAACUGGCUGGGAUCAACAGAUCUGCGACGGAACGUUCCAGCGAUGGAAGGAAUGGAUAAAUAUGUUGGACAGUAUCAACCAUGUGAAGAUUCCAAGGUGUUACUUUUCCAAUGGCGAUCUUUCAACUUUGGAAAUGCAUACGUUUGUAGACGCAAGCGAGACGGCAUAUUCCUGCGUCUCUUACUUCCGAAUUGCGAAUCCCUACGGUUCAGCAGCGGUGGCAUUUGUAGCAGCGAAGACCAAGGUAGCUCCCCUAAAACCAACAACCAUUCCUCGUUUAGAGCUCAUGGCGUGUGUGCUGGGAGUACGGCUGGCCAAAUAUGUAGUCGAUGGGCAUUCACUAGCCGUUCAACAACACUUUUUUUGGAGCGAUUCUGAGGUUGCAAUGAGCUGGAUAAAUGCAGAUCCCCGAAAGUAUCGGCCAUUUGUUGCUUUUCGAGUGGGAGAGAUUUUGGAAAAAUCAAACCGUAAAGAAUGGCGCUGGAUAUCGUCCAAGCAAAACCCAGCCGACGAGGCAACUAAGUGGGGAUCAGGACCGUUCUUUAACAAGGACAGCAUUUGUGGCCACCGGAAAAAACCUGUGAGGUGGUGA